AUGAUGUUUUUAUGUCUCGCAACGAUUUGCGUCAUUGCCUUUCUCGCAUUGUACACUUGUGCCAAAUUCCGAAUUUUUGAAAAUCUCCUCUCCCGACAUUUCAUCUUUGAUCCCAAAGAAUUGGAUCAAAUCGUUAAAAAAGCUGUCGAGAAAUAUCCCAAUCAUUUUCCAGUUUCAUUAGGACCACUCAAACAUGGAAAGGAAGAAACAUCCGUUUGUGAAAUUACAGAUUUAGCACGAGAUUGGAUUCGAGAAACUCCUGACAUGGAUGGAAAAUAUAUUUUGACUUCAGAAAAUCCAGACACGAUUUUUGAAAGGAGAUGUCAAUAUAUUUUGGAGCAAUUGUGUGAAAAAUAUCCAAAUUAUUGUUCGGAUGUGAAAACGAUGAAUUUCUUUGAUAGUAAAAAGAUGAAAGAACAAUGGAUGUUUAAUAUGUGUGGUGGAGCUCUUGGUCAUAUUUGUGUGUUCCAUUUUAGUUUUACUGAAUAUAUUAUUCUGUAUGGAACACCAGUGGGUACCAGUGGAUAUUCUGGACGAUACAUGAUGGAUGUUUAUGACUUUAUUAUUCAGGGACAUCAUGAAACUUACACUCCUGGCAAUAUCAGAGGUCUGUACUACAAACCAGGAGACAUGACCUUUUUACCAAGAUUUGAGGCAUGUUCCUAUAAAUCAGCUCCUCAUACCUACAUGAUGGAAUAUGGAAGAGGAUUCCCAGGUGUGGUGUUGGGAGCCUGUUAUCCUUUGAUGUCUGCUCUUUUUACAACAUUGGAUUUCUAUUCAUUCUAUCAUCAAAUUAAGGUCGUGUCUGGACACAUGAUGAAGAAUUGGUUUUCGAAUAGAAAGUUUUAG